GACACUCACGUACGCGCUGGCCAUGGACGAACUUCUCUCCCCGUACGCCCCAUUCUUCCCGUCAUCGCCGCCUUCCCAGGUCUCCGCCGCCGAGGGGCACCACCACCAGGUCUUCGAGCUCGCCUCCUGCGAGGUCCCCGAGCAAUGGCUGGUCGGCGACACCGUCGUGCCGGCCAAGAGCGAGGACGGAGAUUGCGUGUGGCCUGCGGGGAGCUCCUCGCUGUCGCCGGACUCCGAGCUUCCGGGGGAGAGCCUCGAGGCAUCGACGACGAAGCGGCGUGGGCGGAAGCCCGGGCCGCGGCCUGAGGGGCCCACCGUCAGCCACGUGGAGGCCGAGAGGCAGCGCCGUGACAAGCUGAAUCGUCGGUUCUGCGACCUCCGCGCCGCCGUGCCCAGGGUGUCCCGCAUGGACAAGGCUUCCCUCCUCGCCGACGCCGUAGCCUACAUCACUGACCUGCGGUCCUGCGUCGCGCGGCUCGAGGAAGAGGGCCGGCAGGCGGCGGCCGCGAGGUGGGAGACGGCGAACGCGUCCGCUUCUUCGUCCCGAAACGGCCACUCCAGGGCCUCCCUGCAUCACCUGGCCAGCGACGACGUGGUGGAGGUGCGGAUGGUGGGGAAGGACGCGGCGGCUGUGCGCGUGAUGAGCUCGGGACGAGCCCCGCACGCGCCGGCGCGGCUGAUGAGCGCGCUCCGGUCCCUAGAGCUGCAGGUGCAGCACGCGUGCGUGAACCGCGUGGAGGGCGUGACCGUGCAGGACGUCGUUGUCGACGUGCCUGCUGCUCUACAGGACGACGACGGCGACGGCGUCCUCCGGUCCGCGCUGCUCCAGAGGCUAUGUAGAGCCUAGAGCAGCGCUGCCCUACGUUUUCGCACGUACGCACCCACCGUUGACCGUUCCGGAGUACUACAACAGUUUAUCUGCUGCCCUGCUAGCUAUUCUCCAUGGAAUAAAUGAAACGACGAAUGUACUGUAUUUCUGAACGACCCUCUAGUUGAGU